GUGGGGAAAGCCGGCUGGGCUAGGUUCAGUGUUGGCCAUGGAGUCACCGCAGCUGUACGACAGUCCUCUUGGGGAGGGGAAGAAGCAUCAGCAACAGCCUCUGCCCGGUCAACUUCACGCCGUCAAGAGGUAUACUGAACUUCAUGACCUAAACAGCCCCGAAAUAUCUCUAGAUCUGCAAAACCUUAUAGAUGACAGCCAGUUCGGGGAAGGUAUUUUCACUGAUAUCUUACAACCCAAGGGACAACCUUUGGUUCAACAGCAUCAACAAGCUGGCCGCUAUCAAAGGUUAUCCUACGUACCUCAGCCGGUACAUUUCCAGCCUCCAGAAGUGAAAGAGGAACCUUCUGAGGAGUUCAGGGGAUAUGCUGGCGCAUUUGCAUCGCCUAUGCUCAAGAACCAACUCCGUAAGCACUCCAAGUCCAUUGAUAAGAAUACGGAUGAGUACAAGAGGCGUAGGGAGAGGAACAACAUUGCUGUAAGGAAGUCACGUGAGAAGGCCAAGAUGCGUUCGAGGGAGACUGAAGAAAAGGUGAAGUUAUUGAUGAAGGAAAAUGAGCGCCUUCAAAAAAGAAUCGAAUUGCUCACCGAAGAACUGAAUGUGCUUAGAUCUCUGUUCAGUUCUGUCGGAGUUCUCCCAGAACACCUCCAUCGGGAGCUCAACAAACACCUCGAGUCUUACCAGCAGCACUGAACUCGAAUCGACUAUUUUCUGCAUAGUUACCAUAUGUACAGUAUAUAUCGUCCCCUUACAAGAGAUCAUAUAUAUAUAUUUAUUUAUAUAAAUAUAUAUGAACUCAUAUACCAAGUCGGAUAAUGAGAGGUAAUGUUUUUCUAAAUAGCCUUUCAAGGAAAACAGCAUAUACCAACAUAAACACACGCCCGGACGUUCACACACUCCAGCUCUAAAUUACACCUAUGACAACCUGACACACACAUAUCAAUAUUACAUCAACACACACAUUAUCUUUCUCUACCGAUAACUGUUAUAGAAAUUUAGAAGGCCCAUCGUUUAGCUUCAAUAGCAAGAGACAUUGUCAUGAGAACUGUAUACAUUUAAUCCCAAGUGACAAGUGUGUUGUAAAUUGGUGAGAGGCUGCUGAAGGGAGCAUCGGAGUAAGAGUUUGUGACCAGUGCUUCGAUAUUUAGAGGCGAGUACAUUCUUUUUCAGUUGGUUGCCAAUUACUCUUAUAUUAGAGCAAUCAUUUAAUUGUAAAUUGUUUGGCACAAAUGUCAGUAACUAGAUAGAAAGGUCUCUAGGCAAUUACCUGGUUUGAGGUAAUAUUAUUUUAUCUACAAUUUUUACAAUAUAAUGUGUUUUUUCAACAGGAUAAUAUUUUUCAAAUUUACUAUGAAUACUAAAUAUUCGUGGGAAAUAUUUUUUUAAGAGGAAAUUAAUAUUUUUAUUAGAGUGGAGUGGUGUGCAGCUAAUUUUAUAAAGAUAGCUUAUCCAUUCUUGCAAAGGUUCGUAAACAUUUCUAUUCCAUAUUCGCAAAUUUUAUUUCAAAUCUGCUACUUCCUGUUCUAAGCUCAGUUAUGCUAAUAUAUUUUUGUUCUCCUCCCAAUUAAAUGAAUGAAUUUUUAUUUACUUAUUUUUGAAUGGUUGUUGAUUUUGACACCUUUAAACGUUUUGUACAUUUCAAUUUAUUAAAGAACUAUAAAUCAUUGUAAGAACGAAAUCUGAUUUUAUGAAUGAGAUGGUGAUAUUUCUGUCUUUACCGUUUUGACAAAUAAUCUGGAUGGUUGUUAUUAGAAUUUGCCUCGGAAAAACAAAUCAUUUGGAUAUAGAAUGACCUUGACCAAUUGGAAAACAGCAUAUCUGUCAACCAUUUUAUUAAUUAGUACUCCAAUCACAUGAUGCUAAUCUUAUCAGUUUUGUGAUUAAAGGACACAAGAAUAUGUUCUUUAUGGAUUUUUUUUCACCAUCAAUCUGAAAUGGCCCAAUAAAAUAACAUACAUAACUUCACUAUUUCAAUAGAUUUCAUCUCAAAAUGAUUUAUUGUUGAAAUGGAUUGAUUUGUUUUACUGAUAGUGUCUCUAUCCUAGGACCUAUUUGACGAAAUUGAAUCUGUUUUUGAGUUUAUUGAAAAGCCAAGCGAAUGAAACGCAGAAAUAUCGAAAAUGAUUUUCCUUUAUCAAUGUAGUUCUUUAAAAAUUAUUAAAACCCUUGUUAUAAUUGUUGCAAAACAUUUAAAAUAUCUUAUUAAAAUCAAUUGUCAAUGGCCAGUUGUCUGAGAGUAACCUUGCUUGCAUACAACGAACGCACAAUAAAGUACUUAGAAAUUGUUUAUGUAAAAGAUGAUUAAACAAAAAUUUCGAUAUCUAUAUUUAUAACGGAAGUAAUAUUUUUUAUUAAUGAAUAUAAAUAUAUAUAUCUAUUGUAAGAUUACUGAUACUGUUGACUGUACGUUAGCUUACCUGUUUAAUUUGUCUUACCUACCUGUGAUAAUCUUUGUAAAAAGAAAUAAUAAAUAAUGAAUAUAUAAAUUAAAUAGGUCAUAUAUAAAAUAUUAUUUUUAAAUAACUAAUUAAUGAUGACACCAAUCUUGAAAAUAUUUAAUUAUUUCGUAUUUAAAUAUGCCAAUUGUUAUAUGUGUAGUGAGAAAGAAUUACUUUUGACAAUAUGAGGUAAAUUUUUUUAGAAAUGUUUGCUUUAUUUGAUAAUGUAAGUUAUUUUAUACAAAUAUAUUUAUUUUAUUAUGAUAAUAUAUUUUCAUAGUUUUAAUGUCUCUUUUAUUACUUUUUCUUUAAGAUUUUUUUUUUUAAACUUUAUUUAUUUUAUUUUUUUAUUGAAUAAAUAAUGUGUAACUUUAUCAAGCUUUUCAUUUUAGCUUUACUGUGAUUAUAUAUUUUUUUAAAAUGAUUUCUAUGUAUAUAACCAUUUUGUGUUGUUUUAUGUAUUAUUUGAGUAAAUAGAAAAUUUAUUUAGAAUUACUUAUAAAUAUAAAAUAAAUCAUAUAUAUAUAUACAUACAUAUAUAUGUACAUACCGAUAGGGAGCGAGAAUUAUGUUGGCAGAAUUAUUAAGAAUGAUGUAAUCUAGUACCUUAUAAUAGAAUAUAUUGUUGUAUCUAUUUACCUUUUUCAUCAGAUAAAUAAAAAUUGUUGAGCCCAAUGUACAAAUUUAAAUAAAUAUUUAUUUUAUAUAAUAUUAUUUUAUAAUUUAA